AUGGGAAUACCUGGAUUAUGGGAAGAAAUUGAUUCUUCAAAAACUAGUUCUAGUAAGUGUAGUUCACGUAUGAGUACGUAGGCUAAUAAUUUUGACUUAUUGCAACUGUCUGUUGAACACUGGAAAAAACACUCUUGUCCGUUAAAAAUUGCUAUUGAUGCAUCUAUUUGGUCUAUACAGAUUCAAUCCGGACAAGGCGGAUCAAAUCCUGCUCUCAGAACAUUUUAUUACCGGUUAUGUCGUUUACAAAAGGCAGGAGUAGCAGUUGUUUUUGUCUUUGAUGGACCAAAGAGACCGAGCUGGAAACGUAAUAAGCUAUUGCAUUUAAAUACGCGCGAACUGCCGUUACACAAAGCUAUGAAAAAACUAAUAACUGCGUUUGGUAUGUUGUAUUGGGAUGCACCCGGUGAGGCAGAAGCAGAUUGCGCCCUGCUUCAAAAGCUCAAAAUUGUGGACUAUGUUUGGACUGAAGAUGCGGAUGUUUUUGCCUUCGGAGGUCGACAUAUUAUACGAAAUGAUAAGUCCUCAGAACGAAAUAACAUAUUCAAUAUCCAAGUGUAUAAUGCCGACAAGAUUUAUACAUUGACAAAUUUAAACUGCAACGGAGUCAUUCUCAUCGCGCUGUUAAACAGCGGAGAUUACAAUACAAAAGGUCUGCUUAACUGCGGUAUACAAACCGCUUUGGCGGCUGCAAAACUUGGCUACGGCGAUAAGCUGGUGAAAACAAAAGACUACGACAACUGGCGUAGAUCAUUAGAGACUGCUAUUCGAGAAAACAAGGGUGGAUAUCUUUCCAGGCGGAGAAUAAAUUUUGUUAUUGAGAACAACUUCCCUGAUCCAAAUAUUUUGGGAUAUUAUACAUCACCGGUUGUAUCAGCUGAGAGCGCGUUGAAGAACUUUUUCUCAGCUGCUCAAUGGACUCGUGAACCAGACCUAAGUGAAAUUCACGCAUACACGGAAAACACAUUUUGCUGGACUGGGAUUGAAGGGGUUUUAGGCUUUAGUCGAAGUAUUUCUUUGCCAUACUUGACAUGGUCAUUGCUAUAUCAGAAUAAGUUUAAAAACCUUCGGAUAACCAUUCGUGGCGAGAAGCUAACCACGGACACAGCUCAAAUUGUCAUGAGAAGAAUUGAAUUGGAGCCUUACAGCUUUAUCCUUACGCGAGUUAGUUAUAUCAUUGACGAGGUACUUUCCAAAGACGAUUCUCCAAGAAAAGACGAAUUAAAAAAGAAGCUCCGUUUUUGGGUUCCUAAAGUUUUUUUCAAAAACUACGAACACAACAUCGUUACGCAGCUCUGUCCCAUUAUAAAUAACGUCACAUCCGAGGGCAAUCUUUCCAAGCAAAUUAAUGAACUGACGCAGACAACACGGAGAUUAAGUCUUGAGCCAACGACAGCUUUGAAGGAAAAGGCACGGCAGCUCUCGAGUAAUCCAACAAAGUGUAGUCCUAAAAUUUACACUCUCACACUGGAGGAUUCCGAUACUGAAGAUGAGUUACCAAGAUUGGAGGUCAUUACCAAAGGAAAAUUAAUAAGGAAGAAUACCGAGUCGAAGUUUAAGCAAAAAGAAUCUCACAGUCUUAAAAACAAAACGGAGCCAGAAGUUAUAGUGGUUCCCGAUGAUUCGCCAACGAAACCCCAAAAAAGUGAUGGUAAGAAGGUAUAUUUGCGCAAAAGUCUGGGCGGUGCAUGGAGAGAAAAUGAGAGUGAUAAUGGGCAUUUAGCUUGUUAUGAAAAUGUACCAGUAAUUGAUCUGACUUCUCUUUAG